AGAAAUUAUAAAUUGCCACGUUAUGGAAAUUGCAAAUUCCUAAUACAGAGAUAUCACUCAAUAAUUUCUAUCUAAAGUACAUAUUAAACUUGUUGCAAUCAAAAGGGAAUAGCCAAAUUGUAUUAAGGAUCAUAUUUUAAUUAGAAUUUUUACUCACAGCCAAAAUAGCCAAAGAGAAAAUUGAUACAGCCAAUCAAAGACUUUAGGAAUUUCAUACUAGUAUAUCUUUUAAUUUUAUUCUUUAAGCAUCUUAAUCUACAGGACUUUUUAAUGACUAAGAUUAUAAAUUGAAUUCUAUACUCUCUUAAGUCAAAGACGAUAUUAGUUAAAUACAUAUUCAUCUUAAUUAACUAAAAACUUAAUUGAAUAAUGAUUUAAAUUAAUCAAUUUUUGAUUUUGUUUAGCAAAAAGCAAUGAAAACAUCUGAUUCAUUUAAAAAAGUACAUGAUUUCAAGAUUUAAUAUAUAGUUGGUAUAGAGCCAUACUUAAAGAAUUAAAUAAUAGGAAGAAAAAAGGAAUAGAUUAAAUGGAGAAAGGGAUAGAGUAAUCAAGAGAGUAGGAUUUAAUUAGAAAUAUUAAAAAUUGAAUGAAAAUGAAGAAGAGACUGAUCAUUAAACAAUUUAAAUGUUUGAUUAAAAGUAGAAUGAGGAAAAAUUGGUUUCUAUGCAAAAGAUUGAGUCUAUGUUAAAUGAUAUUGCUGGAGUAUUCUAAAGAGUAGGAACUAUGGUGAGAUUAUAAGAAACUAUGAUUGAAAGAAUUGAUAAAUAUACAGAUGAGGCAUAAGUUAAUAUUAGUAAGGGACGUAAAGAAUUAUAGGAAUCACAUAAAAGAAUAAGUUCUAAUAGAGGUUUAAUAUUAAAAGUCUUUUUAAUUUUGUUUAUUUUUGCUUUUAUCUACAUAGUAUUUAUUUUGUGA